CCUAUAACGUGUUCAGUAGAAUUUCUGACUUCAAGCGAUCGUGUAACAGCAGCCACAGACCUUGCGUAAUAUUUCUUACUUAUUCAUUAAAAUAUCUUGCACCAGGAAGUAAUCUUACACAUCAACGGGAUGGCUCUACUUAAGCAAUUUCUUCUGAUAUUUUUGAUACAUUUUUAUUUCUUUUUGUUCUACUUUUCACCAUAUUUUAUAUAUUGGUAUACUGCAAAAGGACUUCUCUACGGUAGUCUAAUGGUAAAAACUCUACUCAUUGCAUAUUUGAUAUAUUUGCUGGCGAGCUACACCAUUUACCACAAUACCUUUGAUGGCAAUGGCUCCUUAUUCUUACGUUCUAAACGCUUUGUUGGUAUUACACGAGAUUAUUUUCCUGUCGAAAUACGGAAGACUGCAGAGCUUCCACCAAAUCGAAAUUAUGUGUUGGCACAUUUCCCACACGGAAUACUGGCCAUUGCUUUGUCCAUCAACUUACUUCUCGAAAUAACACCAUUUUUACGUUUAUUCCCCGGAAUACGGCCCAAGGUUGCAACUUUAAAUGUUAAUUUUGCUACACCAUUUCUACGUGAACUAUUACGAGUCCUUGGCUAUGUAUCAUCAUCUAAGCCGUCCUUAUUAUAUUAUCUGAACAAAUCGAACAAUCCAGCACAUCGCGAUAAUUCAGAUGGUUUUACAUCAAAUCUGAUCGGAAUAUCGGUGGGCGGUGUACAAGAAUCAAUGCAAACUAAGCCCGGACAACAUGUGAUUAUUUUGAAGAAACGCUUGGGGUUUGUCAAAUUGGCCAUACAAACCGGCUCAUCAAUUGUGCCAUCUUUUGGAUUUGGUGAUGUCGAUCUUUACACGCCCAUAGAAAAAGCAUGGUUUCGCCCAAUACAAAUUGUGUAUAAAAAAAUUUUCCGCUAUUCACCUCUCUUAUUCAAAGGGCGAGGAAAUACGAUUUUACCAUACAAAAAGAAAGUGACGUUAGUAGUCGGCAGUCCAAUUGACGUUAAAAGAACUACGAAUCCGGACCCUGCAUACGUCGAAGAGAUACAUGCCAAAGUUGUGGAGGCUGUACAUGAAUUAUUUGAAACCUAUAAGAGCGAAUAUAUUGAGAAUGGUGAUGAAGCUCAGUUGGUUAUAACAUAAAUGUUUUAUAGUUGAGCAAAUGUAAUGAUUUUUAUUCAAAUCUUAUAAUUAAUAAUGUAAUUUUAAAUAUUUUCUUCUGAUUUUUCAUAUGUAUAUGCAAAUUCAAACGGAAUAUGUUUUGAUAUUUUUAAUUAAGCUCUCUUUUGUU